AUGGAUCUUCGCAUCCGACAAUAUUUAUCAAAAGCUCAGGAGAAAAGAGAUGCGGAGUAUGUGAGGAAAGCGUAUGAGCUGAUCCGAGCUUCAGCUGCAGCAGCGUCUGAUGGCAGAUCUCUGUCUGAGCUCCGUGUGCUGUGCGCUGAACAAUCUCUACAGCUGGGCUGUCGGGAAAUCACACAGGACUGUUUAAUGAUGUACUUGGAAGGGAAACCUCCAGCCAAUCAGUUCCUGUGUCGAGCAUAUCUGUGCCAGGGUCAGCUCAUCUCCUCACGCUCCAUUAGCACAGCGGAGGACUUGGAUAAGGCUGUGAUGUACUAUCUGAAGGCGAUUGAGAUUGCCAAAGACAAGUCCAGAUAUCAUUUCCUGGUGUUCAACGCCUCGCUGCUGUACCUGCAGUCCGUCAGACGGCUCCUGAGGCCUGGACAGAGACGGCUCCUGGUUUCUUCUCUCACGCAGGUGCUCGAGGCUCUAGAGGAGGUUCAGGAUCCUGAUCACGCAUGGAGGGCUGAGCUAAUGCUACACCUUGUUGAAUGUCUUCUCGAUGCUGGGAAGAAGAAGGAAGCAGCUGCUAUGGCCAAGGUCACCUCCGAUUUUAUACAGUCACAUAAACCAGAGCUUUAUCCCCGGCUUUUCUCCAUACAGGUUCGACACAACCUCAUGGAUGUCUCUGAAAUGCUGAAUGAUGGAAACCCUAAGUUGCUUGUGAUGUACAAGAUCCAAAAGCUUAAACAUGCGGUUGAUGUCAGUGAAGCCAAGAGAGAUGAUGCAGCCACACUGAAGGAGAUUUUCCUGCUGUUGACGCAGUCCUCAGAACUCAAAGCAUCUGGCCUCCAGGCCUCCAGUCCUCCACCGGACAUCCACAGAUCCAGUGCUCCACCCAACAUCAUCUCUGAAUCCAGCGGAUCCAGUCCUCCACCCUUCACCCAGAGCACCAGCGCACCACCCAGCGUCCUCCACUCGAGUCCAUCCUCCUCCUGCAGCUCCAGUGUUUGUCUGGAUCACGGCUCCUCCAUCCCACUGACCGACAGCACCAGCGCACCACCCAGCGUCCUCCACUCGAGUCCAUCCUCCUCCUGCAGCUCCAGUGUUUGUCUGGAUCACGGCUCCUCCAUCCCACUGACCGACAGGGUUGAGCUUCUGCUGGAUCUGGCUUUCCUCUCUCUGCAGUUACAGCAACAUCAAACAGCGUCCGAUUGUCUGAAGGAGCUCCGAGCCACAGAUGUCACCGUCGCUCAGCGCAUAAUGACGGAGUGUGUGCAGUGUGAGCUGGAGCUGAACAAACACAGAGAGGGAAUGCAGAAUUACUCCAGAUCCAGUGUGGAGCUGCGGUCGAGUGUUAUCAUGCGGUUGGAUGCAGUGCUGCAGACGGCGCUGGAGCAAGCAGAUGCUCGGGCGACUCAAGCGGUGUGUGUGUGUCAGUGGAACGCAUGUCUGCCGCUUCUCCAACACAACCUCCGAAAGAGAGUCCAGAAACCCCUGCUCACCCUCGCUCGAGCGCUGCAGCACACACACAGUUUGCUGCUGGAUGUGUUGUGUCGGGUUCACGCUGAACUGGCUGCUAUAGACGAGGAGGAUGAAAAGCUGGAAUCUGCCAUGAAGCAUCUUCAGAAAGCCCUUGAGCUGGAUCCUCACUCCCAGCACCUGUCCUCCUCCUUACACCUCCUCCAGCUGCGCUCCUCUGUCCACAGCGCUCCCACACGACCGGAGGAGCGCGCCGCCAGACUCAUCCAGCAGGCGAAAGAGGGAAGCGGCCGCGAGGCUUUGAGAAAGCGACGGCCGCUGCUGGUUAGUGCUGGAGUCUCUCUGGCACCUGAUGCUUUCCAAACCGUCCUGGAUGCUGAUGGUAAAGUCAAAGAUGAUGGAGCUGGAGAUCACGUGGAGCUACUCGCUGCUAAAGCCCAACAUCACAGCAGCUGUGUGCAGAAGGUCAAAGGUCAUUUGGAUGGACUUGACAAGAGCUCAGAUGACAAAGAAAGGGUGAGAUUAUGGGGUUCGCUGGCCAAGACCGCCCGGAAACAGGAGCUUUUUGACGUGUGCCAGGCGGCCUGUCGCUUCUGUCUGCUUUAUGACGAUGGACGAUGGAAAAACACCAGUGAACCCAAGAACAGAGCGAGUCCAGAUCAGAGGAACCAGAGCGAGCCCAACACACAGAGCGAUCUGCUGCGUCUGCUCGCCGAGGUCCAUUUCAUCAGCGCUGAGGUAACCGUCCUUAAACUCCGCUCUGAGGGGGUGGAACUAAACGGCUCUGCUGUAGCACCUGAUGAGAAACGGACACGCCCACCUGAAGACGACGCCCACUGGAACCUGUACAGUGAUUGGAUCAAGGAUUUAUCGGCUUACGCCACAGGUGGUUUCCUGCGAGGGGCGGAGCUUGGGGCGGAGCUGCGUGAGGAUUGGCUGGUGGUUAAUGCAGCUGUAUAUCUGUGGAACUACAACAGCUGGCUGCUGGCCACCGGAGGACAUCGGCUCCUUCUGCCCACCUUCAGACGUCUGCUGGAGCUCCUCAGACAGACAGGGCAUGCUGGGGAGGUGGUUCUUCUGGGGAUGCUCUGUGACGCUGUGGCUCAGGGGCUCAUCCAGCCGUGGUGUGGGAUGUCUGUUCGUGCCGAUCAGGAGUCGCAGGACGCUGGGAAGGGAGGCGAAAAGAUGCUGCCAGCCGAGAAGACAAAGAAAGUGCGAGGGAAGAGUGUGGAGAAAUCCGGCUCGACCCAGGGCCCUCAGCUGGACGCGGCUGCCAUGCAGGACGUUAAGAAAGCUUUAGAGGUGUGUGAGUUUGCGCUGCGUCUGUCCAGUGGAAACGCCGAGCCGCUGCCCAUCUCUGUGAGAAAGCAGCUCUGCAGCACGUGGGUCUGCGUUAAACAGCUGCUUCAGCAGCAGAUCGGACACAAACUGGACAUCAACGAUGAGAGUAAGAACGAGGCGGUGACAGCCAUGUCCCGUGUGCUGGUCGCAGUAGAGAUGCUUCAGUGUAACAGGAGCUCCAGACUGAUGCAGUUCACCGUUCCCAGUCUGUCUGUGCUGGUUCAGAUGGCGUUGGGCUGUCAGUGGUCUGAUCCGGUCGUGGAGCUGUGUGUGUGGACACAGCUCGCUCUGUUCACCCAUCAGACACAAGACCACAGCCUUGUCCUCACCUGCACCCAUAAUGCACUGCAGCUGGAGCAGAACGCAGCACAAAGAGUGAAGACGGCCGCUUAUGCUCUGUUCAGCGUGCGUUCGGUGCAGGAGAUGUUGAGCAGCGCUGCGUGUGUCAGAGGUCAGAGUCUGAUCCAGGAGGCCAGAGCUCAUCACAGCAGAUAUAUGGAGGGUCUGCUCAAGCUGCAGCACAGCGUCAGUUUUGCACAGCAGGCGGGCAGCUGGAGUCUGUGUAUGAGCGCAGCCGCUCACUUCUGGAGCGCAUGUCUGCCUCUGCUGGACUCGAGACGGGACAGACGUCAGCUGAGAGGAGCGCUGGAGCUCAUCCUGAAGACCAUCAGCCAAACAUACAGCAAACACACAGCCGGCAAAACUAAAAGAGCGUCUGUACUCAAGCGUGACGGACCAGAUACAACAAACGCUGGCAUCGCUGAUGAUGACCUGAAGGUGUGGACGGCUGUGAUCAGCGCUCUGCUCCAUAUUCAUGCGGACGCUGGAGACUGGAGGAGAGGCCUGCAGCUGCUGGAUGAGGCCCUCAGAGAGAUGCCACACACCGAACACAGACUGGCUCUGCUGAAGCAGCGUGUUCUGGUCAAGGCCCGGCUGGGCGAGUCGCUUCUGCUGGACAUGCAGUGGUUCACUAACGAGGGAGAGACGGUCUGUGCUCAGAUGUGGCAGCGUGCAGCUCUCUGUGCCAAAGACAAACCUCAGCGGCUCAGCUGCUAUCAGAACGCCAUCACAGCUCUGCAGUCUCCGAGGGGUCCGUGGCAGAAGGUGGAGGUUCUGCUGGAGUUUGCCGAGUGGCUGUAUGUCACACACUUUCCUGUGACUGACGUCCGUCUGCAGAUCGAGUGGGCCGUAGACAUGCUGCUGUUCACAGACACACAGAACACAGACGAGGGGUCUGGCCCGUGUCUGUGUGACGUGCGUUCGGUGGGCCGUCUGGAGCGUCUGAUGCGAUCGCACACACUGCUGGCUCUCACAGAGGAGCGCUCGUCUCUCAAACAGCAGCAGCAUCUGCUGACGGCCUACAGCUGCUCGCUGCACAUCUGGAAGGUAUCCAUGGCAACCGCACAGGAAGUGAUGAAUGAUUUGGCGGAAGGUCAAGAUGUGCGAUCCGCCAGCUCCAGAAAAGACAAGGAGAGACCAGACGAGAAGAAGACCAAACAGGUGAGACUAGUGAGCUAG